AUGGGAGGACUCGACUACGGGGAGUUGGAGGAGGGGGAGCUCGACGCCCCCGCGGCGUCGACGCCGGUCACCCCCGCCGCGAGCCAAUACCUCGCGGGAUGGGCGGGGGGAGGAUCCGUGCCUCCCCCCGCUCGACCCGCGGGCGGGUUCGGGUACGGGGCGGCGACCGCGCGGUACGCAUCGCAUCUCGGCGCGGGCGGGCCGCACACGACGGGGAAGGACGGGAGGGACGGGAGCAAGAGGAUGCGCACGGGGCGCAACGGGUGGGUGGACACCAGCGCGGGGUCCAACGCGCACAAACCCUGCGUGUUCUUCAUCCAGGGCCACUGCAAGAACGGCAGCAAGUGCGGCUACCUCCACGGCGACAGCCCGCUCCCGUGCCACAUGUUCAACACCCGCGCGGGGUGCAAGUUCGGCGACAAGUGCGCGUUCAGGCACGUGCCCCCCGCCGCGAGGGUCGGUAAAAACGGCGUCUCGACCGAUCGCGACGCCGCACCCGCCGUACGUACCAACCCGUUCGGCACGCACGCGAGCAACUGCGGGUGCCUCGUGUGCCACCCGCCGCCGCCGCGUCGCGUGACGUACGUCGAAGCCGAAGGCGACGGCGACGACGACGAGGACGGGGAGGUCUUGGAGGUGGUCGAGGAGCCCGAGGAGCCGACGGAACGUGCCGGGGAGCGCGUGAAGGACCCGGGGGAGAUCGCGGAGAGGGACGCGGUGCUUCGGAGGUGUUCGGUGAUCGAGACGCCGGCGGAGACGGCGUCGUGGCGCGAGUUCCUCGCCGACGCGGAGCGCAACGCGGGCUCCGGCAACGGUCUCGCGCCCUUCUGGAAGCUUCAGGAAAAACAGCGGGCGUCCACGGCGUCGGGGAGCGGGCGGGGGGCGGGGACGUAG